GUAGGUCCGGUAGGACGGACAGGACUCGGGGGUUGUACGAGGCGCGAACAUCACCUAGUCCGAAUUUGUCUGUCGUUCGAUUCGGGUACGUGCUCGCUCGCUCGCACUCGGUUUCUUAAUCGCCACACCGCACCGGUUUGAAAAUAUCCGUUUACCGGAAACAUCUUACGAUGUUAUCGCCAUUCGCUUAAACACGAGGUCUUUGUCGUUUUCAUCGUCGAAUUAACGCGGAAGUCGGACAUUCGAUUCGUACAGUUGGCCGUGGCCCUUCCCUUUGCUUUCGUCUAACUGGGGAUGAUCGAAGAGCGUACGAACGGAGGAACGGAACACGCGGUGUAACCCGUUUGCUCGGCUCUCUUGAUACGUACGGCCUUUAACGAACGCUAAAUUUACGACGCGAGUGAAAUUUGCGGAACGUUCGACGUAGAAUGGCGCUCGUCGUUAUCGUCAAGAAUUUUCAAGGACUGAAAUGCAAAGGAGACAAGGUUGUCAAGGUUGACUUCCGGGGUGUCCCCCAUUACUCAAAAUGCCUCGAAGAAAGCGGAGACCAUAUUACGGUAGAUGAGAGCUUCACUUGGAACUUGGGAAGACCGGUGGACGAAGUAGAAGUGCUGCAACUGUCGGUGGUAUCGCGGGGCGUUUUGAAAAAUGAAAAAGUGCUCGCGAAAUAUGGUUUGGUUUUACAGACGGUGAUACGAGAAGGUCGAAUCAUUGUCACAGAUUCCUUAGUAGACCUCAAUAACAAGCCACUUCCGGCUGUCGUCUGCUUUGAAAUUCGAUACAACCCUCCUGACGGAAGUUGCAGCUCGUACGCGGCCUCGGAAAUAAUGGAGGAUGAACAACAGAUGCUGAUCGACAUCGAGCAAAACAUCGCGAACCUUGAAAGAAGCCUCGAGCAAGCUAAUAGCAACAGCGAUGCCGCCAAAAGAAAAGGUUCUUGGCAUAGUCCUCAAAAAAGUUCGAAACGGGGGUUUCUGCAAAGGGGUAGUUCGCUGCUGACGGCUGACAAGUCACCGGAUCGCAAGAGCAGGAGUUCGACGUUGAAAAGCAUGAGAUCUCUUAUAAAGUUGGGGAAGCAAAGACCACCCAGAGCUCGGUCCUGCGACAGCGGCUCGGAUACCAGCGAAUUACUCGAUAGAAGGGAUUCGAGUUGCACCACGUCCAACGAACCUUCGAGAACGAACUCGAUGACUUCUUUGGAAACGAACGUGUCCGAUUAUGACAGCCAGGGUGGAACGAAUACGGUGAAAACUCAGGAGGCGAUCGUGAAACCAACGAAGAAAUCAAAGCCAAAGACCGUCGACACCGGACAAACCGCAUUAAAGGCACAAGACUAUCAAGUUUGCGUCACUAUCAUCGAAGCGAGGCAGUUGGCCGGUCUGAACAUGGAUCCGGUCGUUUGCGUACAAAUCGGAGACCAACGAAAAUACACCAGCGUCAAAGAAUCUACGAAUUGUCCGUAUUACAAUGAGUAUUUUGUCUUCGAUUUCCACAUGCCACCUGUCAUGCUGUUCGAUAAAAUUAUCACGCUAUCGGUGCAGCAAUCGCGGAAUCUCUUACGCGCUAAUCUAACACUGGGCAUCUUUAAAUUAGACAUCGCGACUGUAUGGGCACAACCAGAUCAUCAAUUUUACCAUAAAUGGGCACUGUUGACGGAUCCGGACGACGUGGCUGGUGGCCCCAAGGGUUACUUGAAGUGCGACAUAAGCGUGAUCGGGAAAGGCGACACCGUGAAGAUUCCUCCGAAAAGCGAGAAGGACGAGGACGAUAUCGAGGGUAAUCUUUUGCUACCGGACGGUGUGCCUAUCGAGAGACAAAGGGCCAAGUUUAUCGUGAAGGUGUACAGAGCGGAUGGGCUGCCGAAGAUGAACAGCAGCAUCAUGGCGAACGUGAAGAAGGCCUUUACCGGUGAAAUCAAGGAUCUCGUCGAUCCGUACGUUCAAGUGUCCUUCGCCGGACUAACCGGUAAGACGAGCGUCAAAAGGCACAGUUACGCGCCAGUUUGGAACGAGCAGAUCGUCUUCACGGAAAUGUUUCCACCUCUCUGUCAGAGGAUUAAAAUUCAGCUAUGCGACAACGACCCGGUUCACGCGACCGUCAUCGGCACGCAUUUUGUCGAUUUGAAGAAAAUCAGCAACGACGGUGAAAAGGGAUUUCUACCAACUUUUGGACCAGCUUUUAUCCAUUUUUACGGAAGCAUCAGGGAUUACAGUAUCAUAGAUAAGCAUUCCACGUUGAACGCUGGAUUGGGGGAAGGAAUCUCUUACAGGGCAAGAUUGUUAAUAAGCAUUAGGACAGAAAUAAGCGACAACGUGGAAAUGGCUCCAUCGGAGGUGGAAGUCGAACCCACGAUACCCAUCAACGAAUCCGUUUACGCCAGGAACGAAGAAUUUUUUCUUUUCGCCACCAUAAUGGACGCCACUAUGGUCGACAAGAAACUCGGCGACAAACCAAUGUAUUUCGAAUUAUCGAUAGGGAAUGCGGGAAACGCUUUAGACGGUCACAACGAAAGCUCCAAGAUAUGCGAAAUGGGACCAAAAAGUGGAACGAGUACCGAUCAAGAGGAGCUGCAGGAAGUGUUGAGCGGAUCUUGGCAGAGUACCACUCCAGCCUGUAAACCGAUGACGCACGACAAAAUGUAUUAUUUUUUGCCGUACUGGGAUGACAAACCUUGCCUUCACGUUAGGAGCAUCUGGCCCGACUAUAGACGUAGAAUGUACAAUAGCAAUAUAAUCAGCAAAAUUUCCGAUAAGCUGGAGGAGGGUUUGUCGGAGGCUCAGUCGCACGCCGACGACUGUACAGGCGAGAAAAUUUUAAAGUCCGCGUUGGACGAAUUAAGCAGCAACUGUAACCGAUACGUCAGCAUCAGUAAAUCGAGUAUCACCGGGCCGGGAGUUGGAAAGACGAAACUCGAUAAAGAGAGGACGAAACUUUGUCAAAGAGAAUUAGAAAGUAUGGGACUUAUGUCGCGCAAUCUUAAAGCCGUGAUCACUAAGAGUAGUUUUAAGGAAAGACUGAAGACUGCACAGAGCUAUUUACAGAAAUUAAAAUUCCUCGUCGAGGACCCUCAAGAUUCUCUACCGGAUGUUUUCAUUUGGGUAAUUAGUUCCGGACGUCGAGUCGCGUACCAUAGAAUACUCGGAAGAGAUUUAAUAUAUUCGAUCGUCGACGAAGAAUGUGGCAGAUACUGCGGCAAAGUUCAAACCAUGUUUCUCAAACUUCCAGGGAAAAAACGAUUCGGACCUUCCGGUUGGGCCAUACAAACGAAAUUACAAAUCUACAUGUGGCUGGGUAUCUUGAAGCACAAGAAAUACUUUAUCCAAGGUCUGCCAAAGGGAUACGAACUCAGUCACGAGUUGAGGAACGUGGACAGGCCGCGCGCUUUACCACCCACUGUUAUUCAUUACGUGGAAAAACACAAGUUCCAGUUAAGAGCACACAUGUAUCAAGCCCGAUCUCUGAUCGGCAGCGAUGCGUCAGGUCUUUCCGAUCCCUUCGCCAGAGUUAUUUGCGGCGAAUUUUCUAACUCUACUCAAGUGAUCGACGAAACCUUGAGUCCUACGUGGGACGAACUUCUUCUUUUCGACGACAUCUUGAUUUACGGAACCGACGAAGAAAUUAAGAAGGAUCCACCGUCGAUCGUCGUCGAACUCUUCGAUCAAGACAAAGUGGGGAAAUCGGAGUACAUAGGUCGAGCGGUCGCGCGACCUCACGUCAAACUCGCCUCGGAAUCUUACACGCCACCCAAAUUCCCACCUUCGUUAGAAUGGUACGAUGUAACGAGAGGCGCUGCAAGGGCGGGCGAACUUCUUGCCGUUUUCGAGCUACUCGAAUAUCCGCAGACGAAAGAUUAUGGUUUUCCCACUUUACCAGACCCGAAGGAAAUACCGACCCAAACCCCCGUCGCAGCUCAGGAUCGGGGACCGAUUCUUCCGGUUCCCGUUGGAAUUCGACCGACUCUCUCCAAGUACCGAAUCGAGGUGCUGUUUUGGGGUCUAAGGGAUUUGAAGAGGAUCCAUCUAAUGACCGUGGACAAGCCUCGAGUAGACGUCGAAUGUGCCGGUCAUAUUCUUUACUCUUCGGUUAUAACGAACGCAAAGAAAAAUCCGAAUUUCAAUACACCGGUGAAAUUUUUGGAGUUGGAAUUGCCCGAACAGGAGCUCUAUCGGCCACCUUUGACCAUCAGGGCUGUAGAUUGCAGAAGUUUCGGUCGUUACACUCUCGUUGGAACGCACACGAUAAAUUCGAUCCAUAAGUAUAUGUACCAUCCACAAACGAAGAAAGCGAAGGAUGUGGAAGAAAGAAAGAAGAACCUGUAUCAAUUACAGCAAUACACAGGUUUCGAUACAUCGAAGAUUAAAUUGCAAUACCCGUCUUUGCCAGAAUCUCUGACCGAUCUCGAGUUUGGUAUCGGAGAUGCGAUUAUUACUCUGGGUUUGGAACAAGGUUGGCCAACGAAGAAGGACAAAACGGAACAGAAUAUAAAAAAAAAGCAAAGUCUGAUCAACGAUGGAAGCAUGGGCGAUUUCUACACGUUCGAGGACGAAGAUGGUUGUCAAGAUUGGUGGACCAAAUACUUCGCUUCCGUUGAAGCGAUGAUAGAAGAAAACAAGGAACUACGUAGAGAGAAACCAAUGUUUCAAGCACAAGCGAACGGUACCGUUCCGACGUACAUGGAGGAAAGUUCCAAUCAAAAUCAAGCGAACCAAUCGGGCGAGAAGAGUCCUGGCGUUGCAGCGAAAAGAUUGUUUGGCCUAAAGUCGACUGCGAACGCGGCUAGGUUUGUCUCGAAACUCAGCCCUAAGCACACCUAUCGGAAUUUCCCGAAAACGGCGCUGUUGAAAAUUUAUCCGAACGAAUUGGAAGCUCAGCCAGAAUUUGAACAGUUCAAGGAAUGGCUACACACGUUCGAACUUUACAGAGGAAAGAAAACGGGCGACGAGCCCGAAGACGAAUCCAGAAUAGUGGGAAGCUUCAAAGGGGCCUUAAAAGUUUACAAGUGGCCUCUCCCUAGGGAUUUGAUAGAUCACACGGUGAUGGGAUUCGAUCCGCAAUAUGGCUUUUUUCAAGGUGUACCAUCCAACGAACCGAUUCACGUACUGGUACGAGUUUAUAUCGUCAAGGCGAACGAUCUUCAUCCUUGCGAUCUAAACGGUAAAGCAGAUCCUUACGUCGUUUUGCAACUAGGCGGUAAAAGAAUCAGUGACAAAGAGAAUUACGUGUCGAAACAACUGAAUCCCGUAUUCGGCAAGUGUUUCGAAAUAGAAGCAACCUUCCCGCAAGAUUCAUUGUUGACCGUUCAAGUGUUGGAUUGGGACUUGGUCGGCACAGACGAUAUGAUCGGUGAAACAAAGAUCGAUCUGGAAAAUCGAUUUUAUAGCCGGCAUCGUGCUACUUGCGGUCUAGCCAAAAAAUACGACGAAUCUGGUUACAACAAAUGGAGAGAUGCGAUGAAACCGACGCAGAUCCUGUCGAAGCUUUGCAAAGAGGGAAAGAUCGAUGGACCGGUAUAUUCGCACGGAAAAGUAACGAUCGGAAGAAAAACGUUUUCCUUGUCGGACGAGGAAAUGGAAUGUUACGUUCAUACGAAAGGCAUAGAAGAACAUCUUGCACUGGCAGUUCUUCACCAAUGGCAUGCUUUUCCAAGAAUCGGUUGUGCUUUGGUCCCCGAGCAUGUGGAAACACGUCCACUUUACAAUCCUGAAAAACCCGGCAUCGAGCAAGGAAAGUUGGAAAUGUGGGUUGACAUGUUUCCUAUGGACAUGCCCUCGCCAGGACCGUCGAUCGAUAUUUCACCGAGAAAACCCAAAAGUUACGAGCUUCGGAUCAUUAUAUGGAACACCGACGACGUUAUACUGGAAGACGAUGCGUUCUUUACUGGCGAAAAAAUGAGCGAUAUUUACGUGAAAGGAUGGCUGAAAGGCCCCGAAGAUUGCCAAUCUACGGACAUUCAUUAUAGAUCGUUAACAGGAGAAGGCAAUUUCAAUUGGCGUUUUAUAUUUCCAUUCGAUUAUCUCGUAGCGGAAGAGAAGAUCGUUAUCAAUCGGAAAGAAAGUCUGUUUAGCUGGGACGAAACUGAAUGCAAGAUUCCUGCUCGUUUGGAAUUACAAGUCUGGGAUGCAGAUCAUUUUUCAGCCGACGACUUUCUGGGUGCUAUUACUCUCGAUUUAAAUCGAUUUCCACGCGGCGCAAAGAAUAGCAAGCUUUGUACGUUAAGUAUGCUAAAGACCGAUGGAUCUGUGCCAACCGUAAAUAUUUUCAAACAGAAACGAAUAAAAGGUUGGUGGCCUUUCUACGUUAAAAAAGAAAACGAGGAUAUGGAAUUAACGGGUAAAGUAGAAGCUGAAAUUCAUUUGUUAACGAAAGAAGAGGCUGAGAAAAAUCCUGCAGGAUUUGGAAGGAACGAACCUGAUCCGCUUGACAAACCAAACAGGCCAGAUGCAUCUUUCAUGUGGUUUUUGAAUCCUUUGAAAUCUGUUAAAUAUAUAGUAUGGCAUAACUACAAAUGGGCAAUUCUGAAAGCUAUAAUAGCAAUUGCAUUGAUAUUAGUCGUAUUAUUGUUCUUUUACUCGAUACCUGGUUAUUCUGUUAAGAAGUUAUUGGGAGCUUAGAAAUGUCGCUUGCAGAUUUUAUUGCUUCGUAUGCUCAUGAUAUCUGAAAUAUGGAAGAUGAUAUUUUGAUAAGAAAGUAACAGAGGACUAACUUUGCAGAUACACUAUUCUUUAAUACUUUAUAGAUGUAACUUUAAAUUUCUCAAAGUUAGUUUUGUUGACCAUACUAAGCACGUUGUAUCGAUAUAUUAUAUGAAGCCUAUUUUUUCAUUUCAUAUUUGCAUAUCUCGUGUUCAUUUUAUCACAUAAAAAAUUCGAUAGGCCUCAAAAUUUAAGCUAUCUAAAGAUCUAUGAAUUUUUAACGACAUAAAUAUUUCUUCCUUUUGCCAACAAUUUUAAAUAGCAAAAUAAAAACUGAUUAUGCUUCUAGAUGAAAGAGCUCUUUUUAAUAAAUAAUUGCUGUAUAGUGGACCAACGAAACAGUAAUAAAAGCUAAUGUAUAUAUAAAGAGCAAUACAAUAAAUAAUUAGAAAUUA